UUUUUUUUAAAUUAAAGGUUACUUCUUCGUGUUGCGCACGCAGUAGGAUGAAAAUAUUUUAUGAGCCCUUGGUCAAUCGCCCAAGGAUGCUACUCACUUCGAGAUACUCCUAGAAUCUUCCAGUCUUCACGCAAAUUUUACACAACAUACAUCAAGCUGUGAUCAAUAUAAUAUUAGUGAAAGCACAUGCUUCUUAUACUUUGAAGAGAGUAAUUUCUAGGUUUUGAUAACCCCGUAAAUAUAUAGAGAAAAAAAAAGACAAGAAAAUAUGGGGAGUAAACGUACGAUCAAUCGCACGGUAGAACUUAUGCUCACCAUGUUCGGUGUCUGGCCAGGUGUAUCAUGCGUAGUACUGAACAGAGCGUUUUGGUUGGUUACGUUAGUAAUUAAUCAAUAUUUGCACUACUGGUACUUCGUAACGCAUUUUCGUGUCGAGAAUCUUUUCGACCUGAUGGAUUGUCUGAGUAGCUUGUUGGCGCAUGUGAAACUGACUUUUAAGCUCAUUGUCUUCUCUCUGAAACAGCGAAUAUUCGUCGAAAUCUUGACGACAACGGCGGAAGACUGGAAGGAUUGCGAUAACAGUGAGAUUGCUUUGCGCGAAACGGCUAGCAAAACAAAAUUGUCGAGUCGUAUUUGUAAUGGGUUAAUUAUUCUCCAUACAAUCGCCGCGCUCGCAUACGUCAUUGGCAUUCUCCUGGCCGAUGCCGAUGUCACCGAUCAAACGGUCGAAUUGCCCCUCAUGAUGAAAAUGGAAUAUCCCUUCGUUAUAGACACGCUACACAAGUACAAACUGGUGUUAGCUACGCAGUUCGUUUUCGUGAUGGUGAACAGUUGGGGAGCUGGUUUAUUCAACGCUCUGUUUCUAACUCUGACUCUUCACGUGGGUAGUCAAAUAAACAUCUUGCUUCACUGGUUGACGGAAGUUGGACCUACAGAUGAAACAAAACGUGGCUCAUUCGUCACUGUCAUGACGAAAAUCAUUCAGAAACAUCAAAAAAUUAUCAAUCUUUCAGAGAACAUUGAAAAUCUCUAUUCAUACAUAGCUUUGCUGCAAUUCACGUCGAACACAGUGAUGAUUUGCUCGUUAGGAUUUCUCAUUGUAACCGCAAUCGGCAGUCCCGAUGCCACUGAACAAAUAAUAAGAUCUCUUUUAUUUUACGCAGUAACGAAUCUCGAAGCGUUUAUAUUUUGCUUCUCUGGAGAAUAUCUGAGCAAUAAGAGCAAAGCGGUUGGAAACGCAGCGUAUAAUUCUUCUUGGUAUAACAUGAGAGCUAAAGAUAGUCGUCUUUUGUUAUUUAUAAUUUUAAGAUCGCAAAGGCAAUUAAAGCUUACAGCAGGCAAGAUGACAGUUCUCUCCUUAGAGUGCUUUACCAAUAUCAUAAAGGCUUCGGGCUCGUAUUUAUCGGUACUGCUGGCAAUGAAAUAAAUUCCAUUACAUACUUUUAGACCAAAUGCAAUAUAGUUACUGUGAAUGAAAAACUGUAAUCGUAAUAUUCUUCUCCUGGUGUGAGGAAAGUUACGUGUUCAUAUAUAUAAUAGCUUCUGUCUGGGAUACAGUUUCUCACUUCUUCAAACAUAUUUUCGAGCACAUGAAACACUACACCCUCCUACACACGCAUUUUAUGCAGCCUAUGCACUUGUUGACUUCUUGUAAAUAUCAUUAUCUCGUACACAUGUGAACUACCUUGCACGUGAAGAAACUCAUAUAUUUCCGUAUAGAAUUGCAUUUGAGUUUCUUCGCUGCUUUCGUGUAUGAGCUUCAAAACCUUUCCGGAGUACGCUGAAGUACGACUGACGAUCGGAUGCGUACGUUACCUCGUUCGCACUCGCACGAAUCAUUGUAUAGUUGCGCAAUGACUGGUGCCCAAGGGAAAAAAAAUGACUAU